CGUAGGCAAAUCUGCCACUGGCUAGUUGUCAACAUGGCCACCAGUGUUUGCAAUCCGCUAUCAUAGCUCUUCUCAAUGGGAUGUCAUUUAACUCCACGUAUUUAGCAAAAAGCCUUAUCGAACUAGCUAAGCAAGAGAGACGCUUUAAACACCGCGUUCUUUAGGUUCUACAAUACCCAGCCUGUGUCAGUCAAAAUGGCAAGCCCAAGGACCAGAAGAGUUUUGAAGGAAGUGAGAACCCAGGAGGAAAACAACCUUUGUUUUGAGUGUGGGGGCUUCAAUCCUCAGUGGGUGAGUGUGACCUAUGGGAUCUGGAUUUGUUUGGAAUGUUCUGGCAAACACAGAGGCUUGGGAGUACACCUUAGCUUUGUGCGCUCUGUUACCAUGGACAAGUGGAAGGACAUUGAGUUGGAGAAGAUGAAGGCGGGAGGGAACGGAAAGUUUCGUAUGUUUCUGGAACUCCAAGAUGAUUACGAUGCCACCUGGACCAUGCAGGACAAAUAUAACAGCAGACCUGCUGCACUUUUCAGAGACAAGGUUGCAACCAUUGCAGAGGGGAAAGAGUGGUCUAUUGAAACUUCCUCUGCCAAGGACUGGACUCCGCCUCAGGCUAAGACCGGACUUUCGACGUCUCAUCGCUCAGGGGGCCCUGGCCAGAACUCGGGAAACCCUUCAGACAAGGUGUUUGAGGACUGGUUGAGUGACGAUGUGAACUCUUAUCAGAGUGGUGGCGGUUAUAGUGGGAAUCAGGAGAACCGCUAUGUUGGCUUUGGGAAUACACCGACCCCAGAGAAGAAGGAGGAUGAUGUCCUGAACAACGCUCUAUCUUCAAUUUACUCGGGCUGGAGCAAUUUCACAAUCGGAGCAAGCAAAAUUGCAGCAGUCGCCAAAGAUAAUACUGCAAAACUUGCAACCUCAGCAACUCUAAAGGCCACAGAGUUAGGACAGACAUUAAAUGAGAAUGUUAUCAAACCUACCCACGAAAAGGUUAAAGAUGGCAAGUUGCUAGAUGAAAUGUCCGUCGGCAUUACUGGGCUGGCAUCCAAGGUUCAGGAUGCUGGUGCAAAAGGCUGGAAAGACAUGACUGACUUCUUUUCUGGAAAGCCCGAGGACGGGUCAGAAGGAGAAAGCUACCAGAACAUGGAUGCCAAUGAAGGUUACCAGUUCAACUCCUCAGGCCCAGAACUAGGCCAGGCCCCUGCGCAGGACUUCUGGACGUCCUUUGGCAGCGCCAGCUCCUCCAAGCCCAAGAAGUCCCCAAGCAGCGACAGUUGGACCAACGUCGACAACUCUGCCGCUGAGAAGAAGAGCUCCGACAGCUGGGACAACUGGGACUCGAAGGCGGCAUCCAACAACAAACACAGCACUGGAGACAGCUGGGAGGCCUGGGACAACAACUGGGACAAUGCUGCUGGUGGAGAGGCCAAAGGCAAGAAAAGCCCCGCAGCCGCCCCCACCAAACCUGCUGAGGAAACCUGGGACAAUGCAGACUGGUAGAGGCCUCACUCACAAUCCUCCCCAGCUCUAUUUCUCCCUUUUCCUCUACCUUCACCGCCAUUCUCUCUUUCCUUCCUUCUCACAGGCACUUUUACAGUUGCACAGUUAUGUCUCUAACCUGGGUUGAGUUCAAUGCCAGUUCAGUAUGUAUUUAUCACUCAAUAAGAACUAAUUGAAAUGGAAUUGAUCUCAACGCACACUGAAUAUUUACACAUUUUAAAGGAAGGUUGCAGUCUAUUUAAUUUUGCCUGGAUGUGUAUAAAUUUCUUUAAUUCAUUACAGGAGUUACAUCUAAAUGUAAGCAGAGUCAUCAUCUUAUGUCACAUUUAAAGUUAUCUCCAUAUUAGAAGGCAAGGUGCCAUCUUGGUUUAGUCUGACAUUUUAAUACAUCAUCCUCAACUAAAGAUGGCAGCAGUCACCUACUCAACCAGUGUUUUUAGAGUGAUAGGAGCCCGGUCUGUCAGUGGUUAUCCCUUGAAAAACGGGGAUUUCAACUUUCUGAGUUUCCACACUCAAUUUAUGCAUAAUGAAAUUGACAAGGAACUGGAAUCCAACUUAGUGUGCUGUCGUGUAAAGCCAGCAUCCCUUGCACCCCAACAGUGCGGUCUGUGUUGACUAAAACUUACGGUCAAAAUGUUCUUUUGUGUGUCAAUUUACGACUGCAGCUAACCUUGGUAUGAUGAUGCUUAACAUUGUGCAAUGGCGUUAUAUGUAUAAAAUGUAGCUGCUGGAUUCAUGUGAUGCAAGUAUAGUAUUUUACCAAUAUUUUUUUCUUUCCAUUCUCAGCCGUCUUCAUUGAAACCUGAAGAGAAAGCUCUUAUGAGUCGGUACGACUUGGUUAUUUUGAUGAGGAACAGGGGAUAAGUACAUUUUAGGUUUUAAUUCAACCUAGUCUCAAAAGCAGUUGACAGUGUUAAAGUACUAUUGCACCACCCAAUCAGUGGUUGUCAAUCGCAUGGCAUUAAUCUCAGCAGCUAACUGUAAUAUAAAUGAUAAUGUGUUAAUUUAAUGUGGUAAGCUGUACAAUUAUUGUGUGUGUGUGUUGAGAACUGGACACAUUUGUUUUUGGAGCAGGGACUGUAACUCUGACUUAUGGUUCAUUGCAUGUAAUACUGCCGAACCUGUGGGACCACCACAGCAACCUUCUGUGACCUCAGUGGGAUCUAGUAUAGUCUAAUUGCGUCUAUUGUCCUCAACACACACACCAAAAAAAAGAAAGAAGCUAUCUCAUUAAGCUGAUCUUUUCAGUCUCCAUGUCUGUGUUAAGUGUUUCAUCCAAGUUUUCAUGACUUUUCAUGUUAAAACAGACAAUGGGAAAAGAACACGUCUCAGGCCAGUCAUGUAAGAAUCUUUGAUACGAAUUUCAGUUUGAUACGGACAGUCACUUCUCAAGGAGUGAGGUUGAAUACUGCCAAUUUUGAAAGAGCUUUUCGCUGGACUUCUAAGAUGAGUCCGAUGUUUUACAUUGACGUGCAAACUUCAGCCAUGUAAUCCCUUGCCCCUGUUCGAUUUGACAUGUUUUUGUGUUCGAAGGCAGGGGUUAAAUGGGCAUUUCUAUGUCCUCUGAAUUGCUGGCUUUUCCAUAGUCAAUUUUCACAGAUUAGCCUAGUUCCUACUGUUUACUAUCUCCCCUUGUAAUGUCUCACGUUGGAACUCUCAAUUUCACCCAUGUAUAUAUGUGAGAGAGUGGCGUUGCCUAGAUUAUUUUUUUCACUCAUGAAAAAGAGAACAAGGCAAGGCUACUAUUUCUUAAUUGUACCAGAUUGUUGGCAUUUCCUUCCCCUGGCUGUUUUCCUGGUGGAACCACAGAAAUAUGGGCUGAUGUGGCUUGCAUUGUCUUGUGUGAAUGACAAAUGCUUCUGCUAAAUGAGAAACAAAGACUGUCUGAGUUGUUUUCUACACACCAGGAUAACUUUAAUGACUAACUGCAACGCUUGUGUAGUAGUGCAUGUUUUGCGGUAUUGCACUCUCCCCACCCUCUAUUUUAAUGUUGUGUUACAAGCCUUAAAGAGCUGUCCUCAUAGUCUAUCUAUUGAUAAACCGGUGUCCAUUUGGUUUUAAGUGUGUGUUUGGGUGUGUGUUUUCCGUUAUUGGAUGGUCAGCAUGUAUGAUCAGAUGAUAAAAUAUGAUCGUAAAACGAGGUGCUGCUGUUUACAGUUUGCCUCCAUAUUUCUGAUGCUUUGACUUUUUUUGUACUAUAUUAAGUUUUAUGACGACGCACACAGCCUGGAUGGUGAACGUAGCGAUUGGGCUGUCUCCACCAAGCUAAAAUACACAUUCUUAAUCCCAAUUUUGUUAUAUAUAUAUAUAUAUUAAAAAAAAAAGAUUAUUCAAUGAAUUCCAGUGUUUUAAUCUAAAGGAUGUUAAAUGUUAGAUAUUAUGUUUUAUAGAUCUACAAGUCUCAGUAGCUCAUUAGGUAUAAAUGUGUUAUGUAACACUUGCAAAUUAAAGAAUCUUCUCUUAUUUUUUUACCAUUGAUGGUAAUGAAGACUUUUCAGCAGUGUGGUUUAGUGAAAUAUAGGCCUAACGCUGAAAAGUACAGUAAACCAUGUGCUUUUAUGUCUAUUCAUGUUUUGACUGCCACAUUGGAGAUUGUCACCCACAAUCUUUGUAGUCAAGUCAGUCAACAAAUACUAUUUUUUUGAUAUUGUACUUGGUUUCCUAAUGUGUAACUAUGGUUUGGAGAUAACAAAACAUUUUACUUUUUUUUAUUUUGAAAAACAUAGUAUUUCUAAGUACAGUGGGCGUUGGUAAGUUGAGUUCCACUAAUUUAUCUAAACAAGCAUUCCAUAUUGGUGAUUGAUUAAAGGGAAUUUCCUCAUGCUCUUGAAUUUCAUGUGAACCAUAAUUACUUUAGCCUUAUCCCUUAUAGUACUGUAAUAUGAAUGUGUAAAAUGUACAGUUAUGGGUGUAUGUACAGUGGCUUCAGUAUGUAUUCAUACCCCUUGACUUAUUCCACAUUUUGUCUUACAGCCUUUAUUGAAAAUUGAUUAAAUAGCUUUUUUCUCUCA